GAUACAGUUCAAUUCUUUUAAUCGAUGAUAAUUUACAAGGAAACAAGGAAUUUUUUUUAUUAGCGAUUUCUAUUUUAUGCAUGUUAUUAUUAUGCAAAAAUUUAUUAUGACACAAGGUUUGAAUUAGUAUUAACACAAAGUUUAAAAAAGAAGCUUAAAUUUUUACAACGUGACCAUGACUUCGAUAACCUCUCGUCCUCUAGAUUUAAUUUUCUUUGUUUACUUCGUUACUCAUAUUUUUCCGACAAUAUUUUUGGAUUCCUAUCUUGUAUUGUCACCAUUAGCACCAAAUUUUCUUAAAUCGAUUAAUCAAUGGUACACAGAAAAUUUCAAUGACCCAUUUUUUGUUAAUUCACCCAUUUGGUUUAAAGGUUUCGCUCAUAUUGAAUUUUUAAUUCAUUUACCGUUUUUCUUUUACGUCUCUAUUGGAUUAUGGAAAGAUACUGCAACAAUUCGACUUCCGAUGCUGAUUUACUCUAGUCAUGUCACAACCACAACAUUUACUUGCCUUGUUGAGUUGUUAUUUAAUGAACAUGGGGGAUUAACUAAUUCACAAAGAAAUCUUUUAAUUUUUUUUUACUUUCCUUAUUUCCUUAUACCGUUAGUAUGUAUGAUUAAUUCGUUUAAUAGAAUACGCAUGGUAGAAAAUUUGACUUCGCAAAUUAAAAAUAAAUAAAUUUUUGUUUUCCAUUUAGAAAAGCUUUGUUAA